AUGCGCCGAGGGGGAAUCGAACCCCCGGCUCCCCGACGCUGCUUGAUGGCAACGGAGAAUUUUACCACUAAACCAUCGGCGCUAGAGGACUUGAUGAUCCUGGAUAGUGAGUUGUGA